UGCUGCUCAGUUCAUCUUUCUCGGAGUUUAGCCGCAAUUUUCUCUGAAACCUACUCUUCUCCGCGAGACUCGAGUCCAAGUUGUUUUUCUGGAUUGGAAACCCUAGUCCGUGAAUUCCAUAUUUUGAAAGAAUUCAUUUGCUUUCUGACUGAUUGACCGCAUUUCUCCUCACUGCCUCUCCUGUUUUCGUUCAUUAUGAGUUCUUAAUUCGCUGUUUUAUCGUUUCAAUUUGGUGAAGAAUUGCAGAUCAGAUACCUGCACUACGCUCCUUGAAACUGGACUACGACUUCCACAGCUGGUGUGCUUCAUGUCAUUGCGUUUUCAGAAGAAUCUUAAGAGAAUUUGUGGUGUUCUUGAUCGUUGUAAACUAUUUGCUUAUUUUCAUGUAUCCUCUGCAAAUUUUUCGUCUCUGCUGGAACCUUCCAUUUUUAUAAGAGGUAGAGAUUUGCAGCAAAUAAUACAAUCUGAAUAUCAGACAAAACUUUCUGAUAUUGAUUUGAUCAUUUCCAAAGUUCGGGUUGGUAGCAGCGAGGAUGAAGUUUUUCAGUCUCUCUUACACGAUCAAGCGUGUAACCGCAUACACUUCUCCCAUGAAUUUGUUUACAAAUUGCUCCAACGAUUCAAAGAUGAUUGGAAGUCUGCAUUGGGUGUUUUUAGAUGGGCAGAGUCACUCUCUGGAUUCAAGCACACACCAGAUUUAUAUGACGUUAUUAUAGAUACAUUGGGGAAAACAAAGCAAAUGGUCAAGAUGAAAGGUAUGCUAGAAGAAAUGAAGGAAGCUCAGCUCGUAACGCUUAAUACUCUAGCUAAGGCUAUGCGAAGGUUUGCUGGUGCUGGACAAUGGGAAGAUGCUGUGAGAAUAUUUGAUGAUUUGGGAACCUUUGGGUUGGAGAAGAACACUGAAUCCAUGAAUGUGCUGCUUGAUACUCUGUGCAAAGAGAAGAGGGUUGAACAAGCUCGACGGAUAUAUUUGGAUCUUAAGUCCCAUAUAUCCCCAAAUGCCAACACGUUCAACAUGUUUAUUCAUGGUUGGUGUAAAGUUGAUAGAGUUGAUGAGGCACAUUGGACGUUACAAGAGAUGAAAGGACAUGGUUAUCGUCCUUGCGUCAUUAGUUAUUCGACGAUUAUCCUAUUCUAUUGUCGUCAUUGCAAAUUUAGUAAGGUUUAUGAGUUGCUUGAUGAAAUGGAUACUCAAGGAUGCCCAGCAAAUGUCAUCACUUACACUACUAUCAUGUGUUCACUAACAAAGUCAGAAGAAUUUGAGGAAGCCUUGCAAAUUGCAGAGAGAAUGAAAUCUGCUGGAUGUGAACCCGAUACACUGUUUUAUAAUUGUUUGAUCCAUACAUUAGGGAGAGCGGGUAAAGUACGGGAAGCUAUUCAUGUAUUCGAAGUAGAAAUGCCGAGCAAGAGUGUUUUACCGAAUACAUCGACUUACAAUUCUAUGAUUUCCAUGUAUUGUCAUCGUGCACAAGAACAGAAGGCUAUGAAAUUGCUUGAGGAGAUGGAGAAAUCAGGGCUUUGUAAACCUGAUGUCCAGACAUAUUACCCAUUGCUCAAAUCCUGCUUUAGAACUGGAAAGACGGACAAUGUUUUGAGCAAGUUGUUGGAUGACAUGAUGAAUAAACAGCAUUUGAGUCUUGAUAUAUCAACUUAUUCCCUUUUAAUUCAUGGUCUAUGUAGAGCAAAUAAGUGCGAGUGGGCUUACCAGCUAUUUGAGAAGAUGGUCGGUCAAGAUAUAAAGCCGAGAUACCUUACAUGUAAACUGCUUCUGGAUGAAGUUAAGCAGAAGAACAUGGAUGAAGUUGCUGAGAGGAUUGAAGAUAUCAUGAAGAAAUUGUGAGCUUCUGAGUAACAAAUCUGGAUUUUUGUUCACGGUAGACAUGGGCGACGAAGUUGAUCAUUCGUGAUUUUGUUAUCUGAGUGUCGUCUUAAUUUUAAUUUGGUUGCUUGAGAUGCCUCCGUUAUCACUUUGUUGGGCUCAUAAGCACAUGGGAUAUAGGUCGUCGGGUCGGGCGAUUGGGUGUGGAUGAAGUAAGUGUUGGUUUUCAAGAGGAUUGGUCAAUUGGAAUUGAAGAUAUCAUGAAGAAAUUGUGAGCUUCUGAGUAGCAAACCUGUGAGCUGUGAAAAAGCAUACCCUUCUAUUCUAGAUUUUUGGGCACGAUAAACAUAGGCGACGAAGUUUAUCAUUCGUGAUUUUGUUAUCUGAGUGUCGUCUCAAUUUUAAUUUGGUUGCUCGAGAUGCCUCCAUUCUCACUUUGUUGGGUGAUAUAGAUCGUCAUGUUGGGCGAUUGGGUGUUGAUGAAGUAAGUGUUGGUUUUCAAGAGGAUUGAUCAAUUGGAAUUGAAGAUAUCAUGAAGAAUUGAUGAGUAACAAACCUGUGAGCUGUGAAAAAGCAUACCCUUCUCGUCUAGAUUUUUGUGCUCGAUAGGCAUAGGCGACGAAGUUGAUCAUUUGUGAUUUUGUUAUCGGUGUGUCGUCUUAAUUUUAAUUUGGUUGCUUGAGAUGCUUCCGUUCUUACUUUGUUGACUCAUAAGCACAUGGGAUAUAGAUCGUCGGGUCGGGCGAUUGGGGGUCGAUGAAGUAAGUGUUCAUUUUCAAGAGGAUUGAGGUUGGGAGUCUUCAUGACUUUUAAACUAUGCAGAUGAACUGGUCUAUGCUUCUGGUAACUGAUAUGUUCUGGAGUAAAUAUGUUGAAAUUCCUCCCUUUCCUGAUAUCAUUUGUUCACUCUGCAACACACCUUUGAGAUGUGAUGCCAAACAACAGUCUGCAACAAAAUGAGCUUUGAAGCAUAUUCCUUGAGAAAAAUCACCAUAUCAUCUCAUAGCUUUUCUAUGCUAUGUCGUGUGGAGACGUGAGUUGAAGAGGA